CACGAAGCACCGCUGGUUCCUGUGUGAACAGUGUCACAAUCGUCGUAAGAAACCAAAUCCUCCCAGAGACAGGCGAUUGCUCUUGACUUCCCAAGCCCAGGGAAGUUUUGCUGUGUGUCUUAGUUGCCAGCUGAGAAAAAUGCACAUAUAUUCAUUAAGAUGUUAUGUAAGAAAAUAAUAAAAGUACCCCCUUCAUAUUUAAAAAAAAAAGAAGUAAUGAGUGAUUCAGUAUUAUUGUUUAUUUGAGGGCAGGGUCUCACUACAUAGUCAUAGGCUGACCUGGAACUCUAUGGUUCUCCAACUUCCUGAUGCUGCAACCCUUUAAUACAGUUCUCCAUGUGGUGACCCAACCAUAAACUUAUUUUCAUUGCUGUUUCAUAACUAUAACUUUGUCACUGUUAUGAAUCUAAUGUGAAAUGCAGGAGAUCUGAUAUUCGACCCCCAAAGGGGUCUCGACUCACAGGUUGAGAACUGCUGCUCUGUGUAGACCAGCCUGGCCUUAGACUCUCAGAGAACCUCCUGCCACUGCUUCCCAAGUGCUGGCAUCAAAGGACUAUACAGUACACCCAGUUUCAGUAUUUGUUAAUUCAGUGUUUACAGCGACUUUCUAAACCUCUAACUACUGGGAAGCAUGAUAAUUAACUUCUAUAAAUAAGAUUAUUGAUGGCAUCUCCUCACAGGGCUGUGGUGAAGUCAAUGAAAUCAAGUUUGUGAAAUACUAAGCUUAGUAUCUGGCACACAGUAGGUGCUCAAUAUUAGUAUUAUUAAUGUGGAUGAAGGAAAAUAACCGAGUGAUUUCCCCCACCCCCACCAGAAUUCUUUUCCCUAAGGGAUCAAACUGUGGUUGUCUGGCUCUUGGGCUACUCUCCAUGAAGAGGACUGUGAGGAAGUCUGAGCUAUGUCUGGGUGGGGGAGGGGACAAACCUGUGACAAAGAGCAUCACCCUCAGGCAGGCUCCAUAUGUCACAGAGACCUCAGUUGCCUGGUCAACAGAACCCCCCAGAAGCUCUUUGCAGUCAUGGGGCCCUCUCAGCUUGUCCGUGCCCCUCGGCCUCGGGGCAUGAGUUCUCCAUACCGAAGGCCAGGUAUGGGUGGAUCCCGGCGCAAGUGUUCCAGGAUGUUCAAGUAUAGCCGCAGAACAUACCGGCAGAAACCCCGAGGCCCAGCUACCACCAAUCUUGCCACUAUGGCCACAAACAUCAAUGACACCAACGACACUACUACCACCAGUGUGUGGAUCCUCUCACCGCAAGGUUAGUGGGGGAGUCUGGGCUGGGGGAUCUGUGAUUUGAAAAACAGAAGUAUCCGUUCUGCUUACGUGCUCUAAAGGGCAAUUUGUGAAAUUCCACCCAAGGCAGCAUCUUGAAAGCACACGUCACCAAAUGCUCAGAGCCUUAAUGAAAAACGACAUGGCUGUGAAACGGAGAGCUUGGGGGAGCUGGGGGAGCUAUGGGGUUCUCACAAUGCUUAUUUUCUUUGUGUGUGCAUGUACAUAUGUAUGCAUGUGUAUAUGCCUGCACGUAUAGGCCGAAGAACAACCGUGGCUGCCAUGCACCUUUUUAGGAGACAGGACCUCUCAGCAGCCUGGAAUGUCUCAAGUAGGCUAGGCUGGCUGGCCGUCCAACAGCAGGAAUCUAGGUGUCUCUGUCUCCCCAAGGAUGGGAUUAUAAACUUGUGCCACCAUGCUCAGCCUUUACCUGGAUCCUGGGAUUGACCUCAGAUCCUGAGAAAACUAGGGCUUCACUGAGCUACCUCCCCCAGCCUGCACAACUGCCUUUUUUC